AAGGAUCAAAAAGAAAAAACAUAUAUGAUGUUGAAGAAAGUGAUGACGAGCAUGAAGAUUCUGAGGACGAUGAAUAUUCCGAAGAUGAAGACGAAAACGAUAAAAAUCGUCAAGAAAGCAAUAAAAAUAAAAUCAAUAAAAAAGAUUUUACGAAUGCAUUCAACAACAUAUCUAACAAUUGCAAAAUGCGCUUAAAGUCCGGGAAGAUAGUUGAGGACACUUUGUUUGAAUACGCCAAGAAUUUGGAACAUGAAGACGAUGAGAAUGUGAAAAAAUUAUUCACUAAACAGGAAUGGGAUGAAUUGACACAAGAAAACCUAGAAGCCUUCGAAAUUCCAGAUGAUAUAUUGGGAUACUUAAAAUUUUAUAAUCAAGAUACAAUAGAAGGUGACUCACCAUUAUCUCGUACACAAUACGAGAAUUGGUGCUCGGUCAAUUUAUUUGGGAGUUGUUUGGAUUUUUGUUUUAGAGAUUAUAAAUUAGGAACAGAUGUAAAAAGAACGGAUUCGCCAUCAACAGCUAGUGGUAAUCGGAAGAAUCGUGCGAAAGAGAAGGGUGCUAGAAAAAGGGUUGGACGCAAAAUUGAUGGUAUAAUUUACAACAUUGGAAAAAAUCUUGAAUUAGGUGUAUUUGAAUCUGCCAGUAUUUUCGAGGACGAACAUGAUAAUAAAUAUCUUAAAGAAAGUUUUAAAUUGCCAAAAUCAAUGAGAGAUAUUUAUUGUGGUUUGGCUAGAUACAUAAAAUAUGAAGAAGAAAAAUGCAAUUCGUCACAAGUGAUAGGAAUACUACACCUUGGCCUAAUGGUGCAGUUUUCAAAGUUAUGGAGGGCAAAUGGUUUAAUUGCAAUAUAUAAAAAAAGCAAUAAUGUGAAUUAUUUGUCACCAAGGUUCACAAAACUUGGUCUUAAUGAUUAUUUGAAGCUAUUAGCUAAAAUUUAUUCUUAUAAGCUUCUUAAACAGCAAAUAACAAAGAAUAAUCUUCAGAUUUUGGGUUUAUGUGAUCCAGCUGAGGAAAGUGAUUUAUUAGAAGAAUUAAAAAAUAUAGAUCGUGAAAAAACACCGCCACCUACAAUAGAAUACUUUAUAGAUUGCUGGAUGACUCCAGUUAAACCGAACCAUCUAAUCCAGUCCAACCUAAAAAGGAUCAAAAAACAAACAAAACAAGUUUUCUUGAAAGAUUAA